AGAAAGACUUCACAUUUUACCAUUAUUUGCUCUGAGCUCAGGUCAGCUUUUCUCUCUUCCCCUCUCUCCUCUCUCUUCUACUUUAUGGUACAGUUGAAUUAACAAUGCCAUUGAACUACUACUUCCAUGAAUGUAUCUUCUUUACACUUGUUGUCUUAAGUUUCUAUUUUUGUCUGAUCCAGAUCUAGUUUCUUCUCUUGUGUCUUGUGAACACUUUAGCUUCUUACUGUCUUUAUGUUUGUUGUUGUUGUGUCGGUUUGUUUUUCAUUUUUCCAGUAAUGUUGAAGAAACAAGUUCAAGAUCUGACUUAACUAACUUACACUAGUUUUAGUUUGCUAGUAGCUAUAUAAUUCUUUGAUCCUGUUAAAGAACUCAAAGAUCAUUCGUUCUUGAAAACAGAUCCGGAUCUGAGAUAGGGUUCUUGAUAAAGAUUCGAUAUUUGAAUCCUGAUUUGGUUUCUUGUAAUGCAGUAGGAGAGUUCAAGAAACAAUGGCAAAGAUGCAAUUAUCAAUCUUUAUCGCUGUCGUUGCGCUUAUCGUCUGCUCUGCAUCUGCUAAAACCGCAAGCCCUCCAGCUCCAGUGCUGCCACCGACACCAGCUCCAGCACCAGCCCCGGAAAAUGUGAAUCUCACCGAGCUUUUAAGUGUAGCUGGUCCGUUCCACACAUUCCUCGACUACCUUCUCUCGACUGGAGUCAUUGAGACUUUCCAAAACCAAGCUAACAACACUGAGGAAGGCAUCACAAUCUUUGUCCCUAAAGAUGAUGCUUUCAAAGCUCAGAAGAAUCCUCCUUUGUCAAAUCUCACAAAGGAUCAGCUUAAGCAGCUUGUUCUCUUCCAUGCUCUGCCUCAUUACUAUUCGCUUUCGGAAUUCAAGAACUUGAGCCAAUCUGGUCCAGUGAGCACCUUUGCUGGUGGUCAAUACUCCUUGAAAUUCACUGAUGUUUCUGGCACGGUUAGGAUUGAUUCUUUAUGGACCAGGACUAAAGUCAGCAGCAGUGUUUUCUCCACUGACCCUGUUGCGGUUUACCAAGUGAACCGCGUGCUUCUACCCGAAGCAAUCUUUGGUACUGAUGUCCCUCCAAUGCCUGCUCCAGCUCCUGCUCCUAUCGUUAGUGCUCCUUCGGAUUCUCCUUCAGUUGCUGAUUCUGAAGGAGCUUCUUCACCAAAGUCCUCACACAAGAACUCCGGACAAAAGCUGCUACUUGCACCAAUCUCCAUGGUUAUUUCCGGUUUGGUGGCAUUGUUCUUGUGAUCAGAUGGUUUUGCAGAUUGAGUUAUGUUUUUAAGUUACAAUGUGAAAGAUUGUAUUACAUCAUUUGAAUUGUCUUUUUGAUUUUUGAAACCCAUUUUUUAUUAUACAUUUUUAUCAUUAUUAUUGUUUGUCAUUACGAUUGUUGUGAAUUGAAAUUGUUCCUCCAUUUUGCUUUUCUUUAGUUAAUUUUGCUUCAUUUGCAA